AUGGAAUUGGAUACUACACGCAAGUUGCUGGUACUACCUAAAGAUCGAUCCCCUGACUCAAUCAUAUGCACUUUCGCACAUCCUCGCACAGCAGCACCAAGCAGAUAUUUAUUCGACCCAAAUGGAGGCAUUUACGAAUUCAUACGCAUUGCAGCUCCCAAAAGCACUUGCCGAAGUUGGCUUAUAGAUGCUCCCGCCCGAAAUGGGGUAAAAUUCCAGGACAUGCAGGAAGACGGGGUAUCUAGCAAGCAUGCGACAAAUGACGUGGGAGAGAAUGAAGAAGGUAGAAUCGCAGCGCAGCGCUACAUCAUCAGCAAGGCAGCAAUGCUCGUCGCCACACCAAUCGACCCUCUGUUCCUUCUGUUGCCAGCACUUUCCGGCGAGCCAGAGAAGGAGAAGCACGUGUUUCUGUCUUGCGAUGACUAUGUCGAGAAGCUAAGUGAUUGCUCGAAACAAUUCAAGGAAUUGAACAGGCAUGCUGGUAUCUGUGCAAGAUUCGAAAGUAGACUGCAGGUCGUAUGUGACACUGUUGACGCUGGAGGAGAGCAGAUGUAUCGCUUAAACAACAGCAAGCUUCUGCAAGAGCUGAUUUUGAAAGCAACGAAAGUCGUCGAAGACGGCUUGCCUGCGAGCAUGGAGGAAAAGUUCGUGCGAAGAGCUCUCGACGUGCCUGUCCUGGGUAUUAAAAGGGAAGAAACAUCCAUGUCCGAAUCUCAGCCGGCAACAUGCAAAGAAGAUUCAUCCGUAGAAUCUCAAUCAAGCACUGCGACUUUAUCUGAGGCUGCAUCGGUCUCAACAGACAUCACAGUUCCUGAUACAGUUGAAGGCCAGGCUGAUGAUGGAAUUCGCCAAUUGCUACGGCUGCGUACAGUCUUGAACUAUAUGAUGACCUCCUAUAUUCCUGCUCGUCUGGCAAUAGAAUUGAACGCACUUCUAGCUUCACCGGAAUGCAAAUUAAAUUUCCAGUUGCUCAACACACGGCUAGCAGAAAUCACCAGAGUACGGACUGAGGCGCUCACAGCCACGUCAAUGAGUGAUUACAGCAACAAGAGGAAUGCCUAUGAAGAUGAUGAAGUUGCUGAGGCAAGAGCUUCGAAAAAAAGAAAGAAGGAAGAAGAGGAGAAAAAGAAAAAAUUGGAGACUAGAGGGAUCAAAGACCUGAAAAAAGCCGACAUCAGUGGAAUGAAAAAGAUGAGCGACUUCUUUGGGAAGGCAGCAUCCAAAAAGAAGUAG